AUGGAGGGCAUUCAGACUCAUCCUUCCAACGCGGCUCAGGCCAAGGCCUUCACUGCACCCGGCUCAUUGUCCUUCCCUGGAGCUACCAACGAGCUCACUCCGCCAUCGAGCAAUGGCGAGGCCGGACAGCGGCCUGUGGGCAACGGUCAACAGGCGGCGAACGGAAAUGGGGGCCCCAGUGGAAUCACGCCUACUUUGCAGAACAUCGUUGCCACCGUCAAUCUCGAUUGCCGCUUGGACUUGAAGACGAUUGCUCUGCAUGCGAGAAACGCUGAGUACAACCCCAAGCGUUUCGCCGCCGUCAUCAUGCGUAUCCGCGAGCCCAAGACCACAGCCCUCAUCUUCGCCAGUGGCAAAAUGGUCGUCACCGGUGCCAAGUCAGAGGACGACUCGAAACUUGCGUCCCGCAAGUACGCUCGCAUCAUCCAGAAGCUUGGGUUCAACGCCAAGUUCACCGACUUCAAGAUUCAGAACAUUGUCGGCUCCUGCGACAUCAAGUUUCCCAUUCGACUGGAAGGACUUGCCUCGCGCCAUCACAAUUUCAGCUCCUACGAGCCUGAGCUGUUUCCUGGUCUCAUUUACCGCAUGAUCAAGCCCAAGAUUGUUCUCUUGAUCUUCGUCAGCGGCAAGAUUGUCUUGACCGGCGCCAAAGUUCGAGAGGAAAUCUAUCAGGCCUUCGAGAUGAUAUACCCUGUGCUUCAAGACUUCCGCAAAGUUUAG